AUGUCCCAAGGAGGGGGAGAAGCAAAGGGAGGGAUGAGAUGGCUAGGGAGGAGCAGAAUCGAAGGGGGGGCAGGGAGAGGAGGCUCAGGGAGAGGAGAAGCAAAGGGAGGGAUAAGAUGGCUAGGGAGGGGCAGAAUCGAAGGGAGGGCAGAGAGAGGAGGCUCAGGGAGGGGAGAAGGAAAGGAUAAGAAUAAAGAAGGGAAGGCAGGCAGGCAGGCAGGCAGGCGAGGAUCAGGGAAGGGAGAAGGAAAGGAUGAGAGAAAAGGAGGCAGAGGUAGCUCAGGGAGGAUAGAAGGAAAGAAAAAAGGAAAGGUAAGGAAAGGAGGCAAAGGGAAGAAGCCAAGGGGGAGAAGGGAGGACAGGGAAUGGGGACCCAAGAAAGAAGAGCAGGGAAGCCUUUAA